AUCAAGAAUCAGGCCUUAAUACUAUUAAUGUUCAGUUCUGAGUACCCUUACAGCUCGUAAACUGCUAUAUUAAGCAACAGCCCCUAGCAUACCAAUAUCAGGGAGUGUCUAUUGUGGAUUUGACCCUACAGCACACUCAUUGCAUUUGGGCAACUUUGUUUCUAUCCUCAAUUUGGCCAGGCUUGCUUAAAUAGGCUUCAAACCAAUAGCAAUUGUAGGAGGAGCAACUGUAUAAUUGGGGGACCCAAGUUUUAAGAUGGAAGAACGAAAAGAGCCAGAUUUGGUUGUGAUCUAAGAGAAUUUAUAGAAAAUAAGGAAUUAAUUAGAAAGUGUGUAUGGGAAUAUUGCAAAUCAUGGAAAGAUAGGGCAACCCCUAUAAAUACUAGAUAAUAUGGAUUUUUAUAGAGAGACAAAGUUAAUUGAUUUUGUUUCUAAAGUAGGAAGAUAAUUUAGAAUGAAUAGUCUAUUAAAUAAAGAUCAUAUUAAUAAGAGAUUAAAUAGUGGUGAUGAUGGUUUAUCUUUGACUGAGUUCUUUUAUACAAUUUUAUAAAGUUAUGACUUUGCAUAUUUGAAUGAGAAAUAUAAUUGUACCUUGCAAAUAGGAGGUAGUGAUUAAUGGGGUAAUAUUACAAAUGGUUGUGAUUUCGUAAAGAAACAAUAUAAGAAAUAAGUGUAUGGGAUAACUACUCCUUUAUUAAUUGAUAAGAAUGGUUAGAAAUUUGGGAAGAGUGAAGGAAAUGCAUUAUUUUUGGAUGUGAGUUCUAAACACAAUAUGAAAUAAUAUUUGUUGAAUUUAGCAGACGAUUCAAUAAAAGAUUUCUUAUUAAUGUUGACAUUCUUAAAAGAGGAUUAAAUUAAUAGUAUUAUGGAAUAACAUAAGUAGAAUCCCGAGAAGAGGAUUGCUUAGAAAUGUUUAAACGAUGAAUUAAUGAAGAUGAUCUAUGGAGAAGAGAAUUCUGCUGAAAAAAAUUAAAUACUUUAUGGAUUAAAAAGAGAUAGAUUGUUGAAUAUGAGUGCAGCAGAAUUUGAGAAGUUAGCUGAGGAAAUAGAUAAGGAUGUAGUAAUAAGAGUAUCAAAGUAGACAGCAUUAAUAGAAGUGUUAUUGAAAAUAAGAUCAUCGAAGUCAGAGAUUAGAAGAUUAUUACAAUAAGGAGGAAUAUUAAUUAAUGAUUAAAAAGUGGAUUAGUUAGAUUAGGCUUAAUUGUUGCAUGAUAAAUAUAUGUUAUUACGAAUUGGUAAAAGAGAUGUGAGAUUAUUAAUAUUUAUUUGAGUUAUAU